AAAUUGUACGUCGCGACGGCAGCACACGCGUCGCUCUCGAGCAGUAGUAACAUUAAAAUCACGCAGUCAAAAAAAUAUAUCUCGCAUCGGACAAAAUCUCAAGUGUGCUUCGGUUGUUGGUUUCCCCUCAAAAAACCAAUCAAGGAAAAAUAAUAAUAAAUUGUGUUUCAAUGUUGUUGCAAAACGCCGCCAAAUAAACCCAAAAAGGCCCUUGUACUCAAAUGGCGCCCAAGACGUGUGCUUUUCUUUCCCACAAGAAUAUCUAAGAUCUUAGAACCCCAAAAAGAACCCCGAAAUUCAAAAUAGAAUAGAAAAGAAAACAAUCUAAAGCCAAGGUCUAGUGUUAGAAAUACACAAAUACAAGCAUUCCAAAUGUUGUCCUGUUUGGCGCCGUCGUCUUCACGUUUCGGCCAAGAGGAUACCAUCAUACAGCAGAGCAUGCCAUCCACCGCCUUCACCAUGCAGUUUCCCUCGCUGGCCUCCAGUCUGCUGCACCACAACCAGUCGCCGAAGCACAGCAAUCCAGGCAAUGCGGUCCAGGAUGCCCAGAUAGCACAGCCAGGUCCGCCAGCAGAUGCCUUUAUGGUCAAUUGCACCCAGUGCCACAAGCGAUUCAUAGGGUUCCAGAGCCUCAGCGAGCACAUUGCCAGCGAGCAUCCCCAUGACAAGCUGAACUGCGGUGCUGCCCAGCCUGAGAGUGAUGCUGAGGAUGAGCAGAGCAAUCUCAGUGGCAGCAGCAGUCGGCGGUACAUCAAGUCACCAGCUCAGGCCAACACCUCAAACAAUAACAACAUCAGUGCCAAUCCCACCAGCAACACCAACUCCAGUAACAAUAAUAAUAAUAACAAUAGCGAGCUGACCAAGAACCACAACAACAACAACAGCACAACGCCAAAAAUGUCACCCAUGUGCUCACCUGGCUCCAUGCCACCAAGUGACUUGUUUGCUCACCUGCCACACGGAACGCCUCAGUUGCAAUUGCAAGCCCAGUUUAUGGCCGCUGCCUUGGCCAUGCAAUCCGCCCGUACGGCGAGCUCCAGUUCGCCACAGCAACAGCAGCAGCAGCAACUGCAGCAUCACCAGCAGCAACAGCAACAGCAGCAGAUGGCCUUGCAGCAACUGCUGCCACCUCAGCUUCCAGGAAGCAAUAGCAGUGUGGGCAGCAAUUCAGCCUACGAUCUGGAUUUGAGUGCUCCCCGAUCCACCUCCAGUCCAGGGUCCACCACUGGAGAUCGAGAGCUGGGUGGAGCUUAUCCCUGCAUGCAGUGCACGGCUGCCUUUGGCUCACGAGAGCAGCUUGAGCAGCAUCAACUGCUGCACUCGCCCUGUGGCCAGCCAGCAGCGCAGAAUGUCUCUCAGACCUGCCGGAUCUGCCAGAAGGCGUUCGCGAAUGUGUAUCGCCUGCAGCGUCACAUGAUCAGCCAUGAUGAGAGCGCUCUGCUGCGAAAGUUCAAGUGCAAGGAGUGCGACAAGGCCUUCAAGUUCAAGCAUCACCUCAAGGAACAUGUCCGGAUCCAUUCCGGGGAAAAGCCCUUUGGCUGCGACAACUGCGGCAAGCGCUUCUCCCACUCGGGCAGCUUCUCCUCCCAUAUGACGUCCAAGAAGUGCAUCAGCAUGGGCCUCAAGCUGAACAACAACCGUGCUCUGCUCAAGCGUCUGGAGAAGAGUCCCGGUUCCGGAGGCGGCGCUCGUCGCUCGCCCUCCGAUCAGGGCCUCAAGCCGGAGCAGCAAUCGGGCCUUCCGGGACUGCCCAAUCCGAUGAUCUACUUUGCCAGCGAUGCUCAAGGCCAGGCGGGAAAUGCGGCUGCUACGCCUUUCCAACCCUUCCAUCCCACAAACUACAUGAAUGCGGCUCUGUUUUCCUUCCCCAAUCCCUUCAUGGCUGCCGCCGCUCUGGAUCCUCGUGUUCAUCCGUACAGCAUCCAGCGACUGCUGCAACUCACGGCUGCAGGUCAGCAGCAGAGGGAGGAGCAGGAGCAGCAACAGCAGCAGCAGCUGGAGCAGGAGGAACGUGAGCCCGAGGAGGAGACACCGGAUGAGCCCAAACUGGUCAUGGACAUUGAUGAGCCGGAGACCAAGGAUCUAAGGGCACCCACACCCGAAAUCCGAGAAGCGGCAGCGGCUCCCAUUAAGCAGGAGCCCAGCAGGGAAGCCUCUCCAGUUCCUGAGAGUGCUCCCGCUUCGCCGCAGGAGAUCAAGCAAGAGCAGGUACAGGAACCGCUGUCUGUAGAAGAAGUGGAGCCACAGUCCUCAGUUGAAGAGCCCUCCCAAGUAGAGCAACCCGCCGAUCUGCGCUGCAGUCGCUGCUCCAAGCAGUUUAACCACCCAACGGAGCUAGUACAGCACGAGAAGGUGCUGUGUGGCCUGAUCAAGGAGGAGCUGGAGCAGCACUUCCAUCAGCAACAACAGCAGCAGCAACAACAACUACAGCACCAGACCACGUCCUUUGUGAUGCCCUCCGCCAGCGAAGAAGAUGAUGAAGACGAGGAGAUGGAAGAGGAGCCGCGACAGGAGAGCGGCGAGCGCAAGGUGCGAGUGCGAACGGCCAUCAACGAGGAGCAGCAGCAGCAGUUGAAGCAGCACUACUCCCUGAACUCGCGACCCAGCAGGGAUGAGUUCCGAAUGAUAGCCGCUCGCCUGCAGCUCGAUCCGCGCGUAGUCCAAGUCUGGUUCCAGAACAAUCGAUCUCGCGAGCGAAAGAUGCAGAGUUUCCAGAGUAAUCAAACCACACCAGUGGCCAACAAUGAAGUGCAGACUUCGCAGGUUUCACGUGAGGAUCAACCCUUGGAUCUGUCCAUCAAGCGAGAUGUUUUGACGCCUAAAAGCGAGAGCUCGCCACCCUACAUACCGCCUCAGAGUACUGAGGCCCUGAAUCCGGAGGCCGCCAUCAAUCUGAGCAGGAAGUUCUCCAGCUCCGCCUCGAUGUCGCCAGCCUCGAUUUCACCCUCAUCCGCGGCAGCCCUGUACUUUGGCGCUGGCCCGCCGCCUUCGCCGCCCAACAGCCAACUGGAGGCCACUCCUCGGACUGCCGGCCAGGCCUUCCCAGGACUGCCCUACAUGCUGCCCAUGCCCCGACUCCCCAUGGAGGCCCUGUUCCAAAUGCGUCCCGGUGGCGAAUAUGCCCCCAAUCAUCCCCUGAUGAACAGUAUUAAGCUGCCCGAUUAUCGCGGCACAAGUCUGAGUCCCGGCGGAUCAGAGAAGCGUUCGUGGCGCGAUGAUGACUCGCGGAUCUCCCAUGAGGAUGACUUCAGCGGUGGACUGCUGCCGCCGAAGCCGAGGCGAGGCAAACAGGAGACCCAUGGCCAUGCCGGCGAUCCCGAUCUGCCCUUUGUGUGCGAUCAAUGUGACAAGGCCUUCGCCAAGCAGAGCUCAUUGGCACGCCACAAGUACGAGCAUUCCGGUCAAAGACCCUAUCAGUGCAUGGACUGCCCCAAAGCCUUCAAGCACAAGCACCACCUGACGGAGCACAAGCGUCUGCAUAGCGGCGAGAAGCCCUUCCAAUGCUCCAAGUGCCUGAAACGCUUCUCGCACUCGGGCAGCUACAGCCAGCACAUGAACCACCGCUACUCCUACUGCAAGCCCUACAGGGAAUAGGUAAGCGACACCUCAGUGCCGCCAACCUGCCAACCAGGAGCAGUUCCCCAGCCGCCGGGAGGAGCGCCGCCAGCGCCGACGUCCAAUCGCGGACGUCGUCGGGUUCAGGCAAUAAAUCCAGCGUAUCCGCCGCACCAGCACCAGCAUGCCCACCAUCCUCACCCACAUCCCUUGGCUGCCAUGGCCGCCUAUCAGCAACAGCAGCAGCAUCAUCGUCUGGCCUGGAACGGAGCCGGAGUGAUGUUGCCACCACCGCCCAGUCAGCAGUCACAUCGUCUGCCUGCUCCACAUCCGCCGCCGCUGCUUUCGGGAGCGGGCUUCGGUCAGCCUCCGCCAACGGCAUCGCAGUUCUUUCACCAUCAUGCAGGACUGCUACCACCACCGCCCCCGCCGCAGCAGCAGCAGCACCAGUCGCAGUCGGCUGUGGGCACGCCUACGUCCUCGCCCGCCUUUGACUUCUUCAAUGCCAAAAUGUUUCCAAAUUAAGCUAGAAACGGGUUCGCGUCCGCGCUAGCUGCAAGUUUCCGCCUCCCACAAGGGUUGGAGAACGCGCUUAGCGGGGACUCGGAACCAGGUGCAGUACACGACUUACAGGCUGUACUUAAUAUAACAGACGGAACCAGAAAAAUCUCAGAACGUGCAGGAACACACAACACAACGCGAGCACCUUUAGACCGAGUCGGAAGAGAGAAAUAUUUUUUAUAGCCAUUUAACCUACCAACAAAAAAAAAAAAAAAGGAGGAGCAGCGAAAAAAACACAAAAACAACCUUUCGUAUGAGCGAAUUUAUUAUUUUUAUUAUAUUUUUUACAAAUGUUGCAACCACUUUUGUUUUUUUAGUAUUCAUUUUACCUUUAAUUUUAGCGCCUAAGUUUCGGUCAGAGAUAUAGAAUUAUCUAUUUUUUUACAUUAUAUAUUAUAAAUGAAUGUUUUUAGUUUAUAGAAGCUGGCAACCCAGUACCAAGUGCUGCAAAAUACUCAACAAAAAAGCAUAGAUCCUUGAUGGAAUAAAUAUGUAUAAAUAUUUUGUACGAUUAAGGUAUAUACGCUUAAGUUUUUAUAUAUUCUUUAACCUUUUAGUUACACCUACAAACCUCCGGACCAAAAAGAAAGCUAAAAAAUAAAAAAAGAAAUGAAACUGACAAUACCGAGACGAGACCAGAGAUACAGAUACAAAAGUAUUAUGCAGCAAAAAACUGUAUUAAAGUCACCACCAAACACACACACAACAUUGUAAAGUCCAAGCCCCCUUUUUGUUUAUAUAGUUUAACAUUAAUAUGGAAAACCCACCGCUUGCCCGCGUUUCAAGCUCUCUCUCUCUCUCUCUUACUUAAGGAACUUUGUCAAAAAAAAAGUACUUUCUCAAACUACGCUUUAGUCCCCUUAACCUCGUAACCUCCUAACCCUUAAUCCGGAGCACGAACACCUACAAGAUCAUUCCAUUUUGGCCAGAGCAGGUGCAAACUUAUAUGCAUUUAGGCCUUCGGCUCGCCGCUCGCCACUCGCUACUCGCCAAUCGACAGACAGAGACACGUUUGUAAAGCUAAAAUAUUCGCAAAAACCCAACUAAAUCUAAAUCUAAAUGCUAAAACUAAAAACUAAUGCUAACACUAACAUUUAAUAUAUAUAUAAACGAAACAAAAACGAAACACACAAAAACUUAAUUUGGCCUUACUAAAGAUUAUUUAACAAUUAAUGAAUUAAUUCAAAAACUGUGCUUAGUUAUUAGGUAGAAAGAAGACGUUUGAGAAACCUCAAGCAAAAGAAAAACCUUUGGAAAAGUCUCGCAAAAAAACAUAAAUUAGCAAAAUUCCAUGUGCGUAUUAAAUGUAAAAAAAUCAAAAAAGAAAAAGAAAAACCAAAAAACCCUAUUAACUAUCAAAGUGUUUGCCAUGACAAUAAAUUUUACGAUAAAAGUAAUGCUUUCGAUUCCAGCGCUAGCCAAAAAAAACCAAAGAGUCAACUUCACUUUAAAAUCGUUUCAAUCUAUAUAUCUUUAAAUUGAGAACAACAAGAUCAACAACAAAAGGUUUCCAGAACAACGAACAUUUCUUUUUUGAUGUUUAAAUUUGUCCCAAGGAAUUUAUGCCCAAUGAUUUUCUUGCUUUUCCAGACACAAAAAACCGCAAAAACAGAAAACGGAGAACGAAAAACUCACAAAAAAAAUGCAUUUAAUACUUAAUUAAUUUUUAUAUAUUUGUAUUUUUAACUGACGAAGAGGAGAAUGUAGGAGGAGAGUAUAUAUAUAUAAAUAUGUGUAAAUAUACAUAUAUUUUUUUGUAAAUUAUUUCGCAAGAACAAAAGCUAGAGAAUCCAAAAACAAAAAUCGAAAACAAACGCGCCCUGUUAUACUCGAGUUGAGAUACUUCAGAAAUUCAAAUAAACAGCCAGCACACACGUUUAGCAUAAAUUUAAAAUAAUUACCAUUACUACCGUAAAUACUUAGCCUAGUUAAUAAAUCCUUAACAACAACAGAAUGUUAAACUUUAACAUUAAAAAAAACUCACUUAUUUUUAAGCGCAAAUACUAUGUGGUUUUGUGAUGGAGAAGAGUUGAAUGUUGCCACCAGCAUGGAUAUUUGCACUCUAGGGCCUUAUAUGAAAUACACACUACACACACACACUCUCGUACAUAAACAUAAACAAUUGUUAGUUAUUUAAUGAUACAAACACCUACACUUAGUCGGCAAAGGACGAGAGCCUUUCGUCGUUUUUAAAAUUGUGUUCCAAACUCCGCACUCUGUUCUUUCCGCCUCUAUAUUUCUGUUAAAGUUGUUCAUCUUCACCACCACCAACCUCAAUCUUUGUGUAAAUAAGCGGAGCAGGAAAAUCAGUACUUGUACUUGUGUAUUAUUUGUUUUAUUUUCGUAUGUUCAACAAUAGCGAUUAGCCACCUUUAAGUUAUCAAUUAAGUUACCUCGUUGAAACGGCAUCAAAUGUUCAUUUUAUUGCUCAAAAACCGCUACAAAAACAACAUCUGAAAAAUAAAUUAAAACAAGUAACCAAUAAAAAAAUAUAUUGAGAGACGAAAGAGAACAACAAA